GACGUCUUUAUUUGGUUGUUUUAUGGUCACGACGUCUGUGACAAGAAAAAGACGUAUUUUUCAUGUCGUUUUACUUACAAAAUAAAUACGUCUUUUAAAAGACGUUUUAUAGCCGUCAUAAAAACGUCUUUGUCUAUGGGAAACUGCAAGUUUUCAGUCUCCUAAGCUGCAAUAACAUAUAUAGCAUAAACUGUUAGAAAAAACUAUGAUUUUAGAUAUAUGUUGGAUCGAAAGUUCGAUAAUUUCCUUGCUUCAUAAUAGAACUGACAGGUAUAGCAUUUUUAUUGUAUUUUCAAAUUACAAUAUAUUUACUAGGGUUCCAAAAUUCAUGACAAUGGACUUAAACUUCUAAAUGAUAUAUUUUGCACUUCCGAAAAUGUUCCUAAUUGUUAUUAAAAUUGGACUGUUGUCUAGCUAUUUUCAAAAUGGUGUAAUUACUUUUAAUAAUAAUAGUCAUACAUUUGAAAGCGAUAGUAUAAUGAUUAAAACUGAGAUUCAUUAAUUUGAGAACAUAUAUAACACAUGUUUGUAACCAUGGUAACAAAGGGUCUGUCUCUCUCUACAUAUCUUAUCUAUUAGUCACGUCUGUAUCUUUAUAUUGGUUUGUUAAUUAAGCUGUAAGACAGAACAAAUAGUUUAUACAUCAUGUACAGAAGGGUGAUGCAGAUAAAGUGAGUGCAAUACUUUACAUUAUUAUAACUUAAUAUUCGUCAAUCAUUUUGUACAUCUGAAGUAAAUAUAUAAAGAUAAAUAUUUUCGUGAAAAAUGAUCAUUGGAUAUCUUUAAAAACUGACACAUUUUUAAAUCUAAAAUUUGUACAUUAGUAAAGUAUCUCUUAAACUGAGAUUAAGUGUCAUCGGUUGAGAAAAAAAGUUCGCAGUCAGUCCGGGGCUCGAAUCAGCAUAAUGUAUAGGGUAAAAGCGUAUUAUAGACGAGAUACAUGUGUAUUAAUAACAAAUUAAAUAAAUAUAUAUAGAAAACAGAGAUUCAGUAAUUUGGGAUGUGAUAAAUUCGGCGAGGCAGAGAAAGUGAGUGCAAUACUUUAAACAUUAUUAAAACUUAAUAAUUAUAUUCGUCAAUAAUAUUAUAUUUAAAAGACUGACGUUUUUAUUAAAUAUCUAUUUUAUCAUCAAUAGCUUUUUUUUUAAAAUCUGCAUUUUUCUUAAAAUAUCUCAUACUUACAAAGUCGGAGAGGAUAUUUUAAUCAGAAAAUGUUGAUGAUAUUUUAAAUGCUUCCAUUAAUUGUUUUAUCAGUACUGUAAUUACUUAUCAAAACUGCUUUUUGUAUUUUUAUUUAGUUUACAGGAAAAUGAUGAAUGAUAAUUAUAAAACACUCGAAUUUGAUAUAUUUCAGGUGACACCAGGUCCAGUGGUUUUGCCGUGAUGAAGAUUUUGAGAACUAAGCUAUUAAAUUGCGACUCACUUAUUGGAUUACCUAUUGGACUUACUAUGUUACUUAGAUAAAAUACGAUCACAGAUCUAUGAAGUGGAGAUCAGAAAAUACAUGCUGAUUACAAGAGCUAGAUAUGCAAAAAAAUAAUUAAAAAAUCAAUGCCUAAAAUACUAAUUCUUUAUCCGUUGGAUUAUGGUUGGAAUUCACAUUUCAAAAAGAUGAUGUGUUAUUUUUUCUUGUCAUAAAGACACCAUUUUAAUGCACGACAAGCCCUUGCCAAAAUAUCAGGCUUCCGGCGAACGUUGCGGCAAAUUUGCCGCAAAAGGUUUGGUGAAUUUGCCGCAAACUUUUACCAGGCAAAACUAAUUUGCAUGGUAAAAGUUUGCGGCGAAUUCGCCAAAACCUUUCUGGCGAACUUCUGGCAAUGUUCUGGCGAGCUUUUGGCAAACUAUUUAUGCAAAUAAGUUUGCGGCGACUUUGCUGCAAACAAUUAUGCAAAUUUGUUUGCCGUAAAUUUGCUGCAAACUUUUGGCGCUAAAAUAACACGCACUUUGUUUUUGAAGAAUAAAGGAAUCAAGGUUCAGCAAUAUAUUUUCAAUAAAAGUAAGAAAAGGCAUAUUUAUCUCUAAAAUUAGCAAAAAAUAUUUUCAGCUUAUAAUGAUUUAUUUUUCUAAAUAAUUAUAAUCAAAGAAAUACAAAUGUACGAGAUCAGUAUGAUAAAGUAUGUCUUUAGUAAAUAUGUUUUAUGCUUACAUUAAUGGGUUUGAAACUCUUUAAAUAUUUUAAAGGUUGUUAAAGCUGAUAACUGAUUUGCUAAAAAAUUCCUCUGUGUGCAAAUGUCUUAAUUAAUUUGCAGAUUCAUUAAAUUAUUUAUUGCAAUCUGUUGUAUCUAUUGGUUUUCAGGUAGCAAAAGUCUAAAAAUAAACAAAAGCUAACUGUUAAAAAUCAUUCAGUUUUUUUUUUUUUUUUUGCAUGCGUAAUAAUGUGAAAACUAACCUUACAUCGCAACAUUUAUUCACGGAUUUAAACACAGUAUACUUCCGUGAUAUAUCCAUCUUUUUGUAAAGUUUUUUGUUUAGCAUCGAAACUAAAAAAAAUCCAUGUUAAUACAUCAAUGUUCAACUACUGUUUGGCAGUUUGAAAACGGAGCCAAACUCUACGCAGUCAAUAAAAAUAGAGAAGAAGUCACGUGAUACUGUUCUGGCAAUUCUCUGGCGAACUUUCACAUCUGGUCAGAUAAUAAAAAGAUUAUGGCGAAUGUUUUGAAGACGAAAAUAUAAAUAAAAGAUUCUGGUGACGUUUUGGUGAGCACAAUCAUGUGAUAAUUAAAGUUUCUGGCGAUGUUACGAGAAAUUCUUCAUUCAGUAAAGUCUGUGGUGAGUUUGCAGCAAAGUCACCGAAACGUUUGCCGACAGAUCGCCGCUACCGGCAAACUUCUGCAAACAUUUAUUACUCUGUUCUGGUGAACUAAAAUGUUUGCGGCAAAUUUACCACAACUUUGCGGCAAAUUUGCCGUAAACUUUUCAUUUUGGUAAGGGAAAAUGUCUUUUAAAGACGUCUCUAAAAGAAGUGAUCGCACCUUUCAAAAACAACCGAAAAAAGACGUAAUAAAGACGUCUCCAAAAAGACGUCUUUAAGACGUCGCUGAAAGACGUGAACGCACCUUUAAAAAACAACCAAAAAAGACAUCAUAAAGACGUCUCAGAAAGACGUCAUAACAACCAAAAAAGUAUUUUGUUUGCUGGAAAGUCAUGUUUAUGAAUUUAUAGACAUAGUACCUAAAAUUUUAAAUAAAGAAAAGCAAUUAAAAAGUAACUUUGGUUGUUUCGAUAUAAUUUUAAGACGAAAGAUAAUACAUAAGUGUUGGUCUGAUCAUUUUGAAGCAUGUUGUUUAUGAAUUUCUUAAACAUUUUAUUUAAUUUCCAUGUAUCCCCUCUUGCAGGUAGUCCUACAUAUCAAGUCAUUGAUCAAUAUUUAAUCCCCAGUUAUACCUGGACUACUGCGGGAAGAACUUAACUCAAUGCAAAUAAGUUGUCAAAUACAUGAUUAUCGUAUGACAUCGAAAAAAGUUUUAAGUCUAAUAAAAUUAAUGCAGAUUCACUAUUUAAGCUGAAAUUUAGAUGUAAUGUUAAUUCUACUAUAUCACACACCGUAUAUAAAACAAGAAAAUACUCUUUUUUAUUAUAACAAUUGUGAGAAUAGAAAAAUCAGUACAUGUAGUUCAUGAAUUGUGACUGUGACAGUGGUUGCAUUUAAAUCAAGGGCAUGUUUUCAUUAUGUUUUAGAUGUUUUGCUUAUAUAUGAAAGCAACAGCAGUUUAUUGAAAGUAUACGAGAGCAAUUUCGAUUUAACAUUAGAAAUACUGUUUUAACAUUUUUGAGGAAAGUGUCAAUCAUAUCAGUAAGACUUUAAUUUGUUUAAAAUAAAUCUAAGAAUGGCUGACAGGGUAACUGAAACCGAUGUUGCCAAUGGAACAGAGUUGACUAGACUGGCAUUUACAGAUAACGGAACUGAAAAUAAUGUUUGCAAUGAAACAGAAUUGACUAGACUUGCAUUCACAGAUUUUGAUACUGAACAUUCCGGUGAAAUCAAAGAAAGCGAAACUGAACUUGUGAAGGACUAUUCCAAAAAAGUGAUCAUCUAUGGUGUGAACGAAUCGCCACCACUACACAUUACGAUCGUGUGUGCUUUGCAGCAAGGACUGUCAGCCCUGUCCAGUCAACUGGUUGUAGCUGUUCUUGUAGCGGAAGUUGUCUGUGCAUCAAAUAACGACGUGUUCAAAGCUAGGAUACUCAGCUCUACAAUGUUUAUGGCCGGGAUCUCGACUAUAGCAAUGAAUUUACUGGGAAUAAGAUUACCGUUAUUUCAAGGAGGAACGACUAUCUAUGUGGUUCCUUUGAUGAUGAUGUCGGACCUUGAAGGCUCCUUCUGUUCAACAACGUUUAAAGGCCAGAGUUCGUCCAACAUGACAAGUGAAAAUGUAUCGAGUGGAUAUGAUAUACCAGAGGAAUCGAUGGAAGUCAUUUUAACCAACGUCAGAGCGUUACAAGGCAGUCUGAUGGUUGCGGGUGCUCUUCACGCUAUAAUGGGAGGGUUUGGACUGAUUGGCUUUCUACUGAAGUUCAUUGGACCAUUGACGAUUGUUCCAACAAUGAUCCUAAUCUUUGUCUUCAUAAUCAAAGCAACUCUGAAGUUCGUCAUAGUUAGUUGGGCCAUAUCUAUUUCGACAAUAGCUCUGUCUGUGAUAUUGUUUCUUUAUCUCUCCCGCUACAACAUGCCUGUUCCAGUGUGGACACCCUCUGGGGGAUGUAGAAUUAUUCGUUAUCCUGUACAUCAGGUAUUCUCGAUUUUAAUCGCCAUGUUAGUUAACUGGCUUAUAUGUGGAAUACUGACCCUGUAUGAUGUAUUCCCCAACGACCGUGGUGAUAGCAGUUAUAAUGCUCGUACAGAUGCUAGGGUAGAUGUUAUAUACGACGCUCCGUGGUUUACUUUUCCUUACCCUGGCCAGUAUGGACCACCGGGCAUAAGUAUACCUGCUACUGUAGUUUUUGUAAUUGCUACCUUCAUUUCAAUUCUUGAUUCAAUCGCUGAUUACUACGCAUGUGCGAGGGUAAGUCGCGUGCCCCCGCCACCUGCCCAUGGAGUGAACAGAGGCAUCCUGAUUGAGGGCAUUUGCAGUUUUCUGUCGGGCACUCUUGGCUGUGGUCAUGCUACAACAACUUACGGUGGAAAUGUCGGCACAAUUGGUGUCUGCAAGGUUGCCAGUAGGUCCGUAUUUGUUUACGCAGGAAUCUUGUUUAUUUUAUUUGCUGUGUUCGGCAAAUUCUCUGCGGUGUUUAUCACAAUUCCUGACCCAGUGCUUGGUGGAUCCUUUAUUGUAAUGGUUGGAAUAUUCAUCGGAGUAAUGAUUGGUAAUCUAGAGGUAACCUCCAUGUCAUCGCCAAGAAACGUUGCGAUACUUGGUCUUGCUGUUUGUAUCGGCGUUGCUGUUCCUUCAUGGGCUCAGACAGUCCAAACACCCAUUGAUACAGGAAAUGAGAAAGCAAAUAGACUUAUAGCGAUGCUUUUAACGAACCCGAAUUUGGUUGGUACAGCCCUCGCUUGCUUUUUGGAUAACACUGUACCAGGAACAAGAAAGGAAAGAGGCAUUUUAACUGAAGAAGACGCGAAUACAGAAGAUAGUUCAGGGUUUUAUAACGAGGGAUAUGAAGUUUACAAGCCUCUCUUCCCAACACAUAUGUUGAGGUGGAAAAUCAUGAAAUAUAUACCGUUCUUACCGUAUGAAGGACAAUAGAAAUAUGACAUUAUUUAUUUUGUGUAGUAUUGUGACUGUUAUGUUAUACAUUCAUUUGUUCACCGGAUGAGAGCAGUUUGUGGAAAAUGUCAUUAUCAAGUGAGAAUAUAUAGAUGAUAUUUGUUUGUUUUAGUGUAAGAUCGAAAUAUAUUUCACCGAGUGAACACUGUAAUGCAAUAUUUUCACGAGUGGCGCAGCCAAGAGUUAAAAUGUAAAUUAUGGUGUUCAUGAGUGAAAUAUAUUUCGAUGAUACACUGAAACAGAAAAAAAUUCUAUUUAGUUGAUGCAUUUUUAAUGGUUUUAACAAAAAUAUAUCCAGUUUGUUAGCGCAACGUCACGUGUAUCGCAUCGUUGCGUCAUAAUCUCAUUACGUCAAGAUAUCUCUGUAGAAAAACUGUAAAUAGUUUUAUUAUACGUUUCCUCAUUUCUUUUGCAUUUUCUUAUGACAGAAUGUAUAUAUUUAUGAUCCUGUUAGUAUUCUAUACAUCUAUUCUUUACUGUAGCAUAUUCUGCAAGGAAGUUUCUCUUAUUCAUAAUUCAUAAUCUUUCUCAUUCACGUGUAGUUCCGUACCAGUGAAAAAUAAAAAUGAUAUUUUCACUGUUUGAAACAGUGAAAAUAUCAAAUUUAUUUCGCUGAUAAAUUUCAGUAUUUCUCUGAAGAGCAUGAAAUAAAAUGAUAUAUAUUCAUCUUGUGCAUACAUAAAUAAAUGAAAACAUUCGCGAAUAAUAGAAUUAUAACAUAUUUAUUUAGUUUUUAUA